ACCCUCGUGGUGAGGACGCUCGAGUGAAGGACGCGGUUUAAAGUAACACUUACGUCCCUCGCUCUGCCUGCCCGCGCUAAAAAUGGCCGCCGCCGGCUUCAAAACGCCGGUGGCUCUGCGAACAAAAUCCGGGAGGAAACAGUGGGGAGGCAAGUGCGGCGGGGACAGCCGAGGGUGCGCGCUAGAGGCUCGCGGGAGUCCUGGGGGCGCCUCAAUUCAGAGUUGGGUUUUGCUCAGGCCGCUGUGGGAGGGCCCAGCCUGUGCCGAGCGGCUGCUCCUCCCCGCGGGCGGCUCGGGGCUUCCGCCCAGCUCGCCCUUUAGCCGAGGCGGCGGCAGAGCGGGGCCCCUGGCUGGUCAUCAUGUGGGCCUUCCCGGAGUUGCCGAUGCCGCUGCUGGUGAAUUUGGUCGGCUCGCUGCUGGGAUUUGUGGCCACGGUCACCCUCAUCCCCGCCUUCCGUGGCCACUUCAUCGCCGCGCACCUUUGUGGCCAGGACCUCAACAAAACCGGCCGGCAGCAGAUUGUAAAGCCUUCCCCCAUCACGAAUUCGUGGCCCUGAUAGGUGCGCUCCUUGCCAUCUGCUGCAUGAUUUUCCUGGGCUUUGCGGACGAUGUACUGAAUCUGCGCUGGCGCCACAAGCUGCUGCUGCCUACAGCUGCCUCCCUACCUCUUCUUAUGGUCUAUUUCACCAACUUUGGCAACACGACCAUUGUGGUGCCCAAGCCUUUCCGGCCGAUUCUUGGCCUGCAUCUGGACUUGGGGAUCCUGUAUUAUGUUUACAUGGGGCUGCUGGCAGUGUUCUGUACCAACGCUAUCAAUAUCCUAGCAGGAAUUAAUGGCCUAGAGGCAGGCCAGUCGCUAGUUAUUUCUGCUUCCAUCAUCGUCUUCAAUCUGGUGGAGCUGGAAGGUGAUUAUCGGGAUGAUCACGUCUUUUCCCUCUACUUUAUGAUACCCUUUUUUUUCACCACCUUGGGAUUGCUCUACCAUAACUGGUACCCAUCACGGGUGUUUGUGGGAGAUACCUUCUGUUACUUUGCUGGCAUGACCUUUGCCGUGGUGGGCAUCUUGGGACACUUCAGCAAGACCAUGCUACUCUUCUUCAUGCCCCAGGUGUUCAACUUCCUCUACUCACUGCCUCAGCUCCUGCAUAUCAUACCCUGCCCUCGCCACCGCAUUCCCAGACUCAAUACCAAGACAGGCAAACUGGAGAUGAGCUAUUCCAAGUUCAAGACCAAGAGCCUCUCUUUCUUGGGCACCUUUAUUCUAAAGGUAGCAGCGAGCCUGCGGCUAGUGACAGUGCACCAGAGUGAGAAUGAGGAUGGUGCCUUCACAGAGUGUAACAACAUGACGCUCCUCAACUUGCUCCUUAAGGUUCUCGGGCCCAUGCACGAGAGAAACCUGACUCUGCUCCUGCUGCUGCUCCAGAUCCUUGGCAGUGCUGUCACCUUCUCCAUCCGGUACCAGCUUGUCCGGCUCUUCUAUGACGUCUGAGUCCCCCAAUCCUUGCCCUUCACUGCAUAGUCUGCAGGGUUCCUGACUCAGGCCUGCCUCUUUCUGGGCCAGGCACGCUUCCGGGCCCAGGCCUCUCUCACCUCUUACUUUUCUCCAGAUUUUGUACUUAGCGAUUCCGUUCCGCUGUGAUCGACAUCCUGGGCCUGUCUUGCCCUGUACUGACUGUUGAUUGGACUUUGCCUGUGGCUUUCUUCAACUUGCUGCUCUCCCUCUCUAUCCCAUCCCUGCGGCCUCCUGAAGUGGGAUACUGUGCUUUUAUGCAGUUAUCCACCACUCGGACUCUCAAGGAAUAUGUUGGGCCUGGGGAUAGAACCCUGGCUGGGGAGAGGGACACAGGCUCGAAGAUCACUUGAUUAUUUGACCAUAAAUUAAGUAUUCUGAUUAGUAAGAGCAGAUUGGGGGGCCAGGUGCUCCCAGUGGUGACAAUAAAGUGUUGUCUUUUUCUUGGU